UGGGCGCAAUGCUUCUUUGUAACUCUCUCUAGCCUCUAUGGCUGCUGCUUCCCUUGCUCUCCUUUGCCUGCUGCAGCCUCGAGGGAGGGAGGAGAAAGAGGAAGCAGGGCGCCUGCAGCAGACAGACAGACAGACAGGGUCAGCCCGGGAUCGCAGCCUUUGCGGCGGAGCACCUGGGCUCCAGGGAGCAAGGAAAGCAGAAGCUCCAAGGGAGAGACUGGCCUGUUUACCCAAUGUAGAGUGCUGAAGACCUUGCCACAUACCCAGAUGCCAACACUCUCUCCCUAUCUAUUCUGGAAAUGUCAUUACAGGACCUAACCACUUCAUCCACAAUUAUUAGAGCAAACAAUUUAUUUCCAAGGCAAGUUCUCCCGAUUCACAUAGACCCCUAAAGCCUCCUGUGUCUCUUCUUAGUUUAACUUGAAAUCUAUAUGGCUUUAAAAUACUUGAAAAGGUUUUUAUAUGGUCUGUCUAUUAUCUGUGUUAUUUUAAUGACAUGGUAUAUGGUAUUUCCUUCCCACACUGUGAUGGAACCCAAAAACUGGAUGUAUUUCUAUGAUUAUGAACCUGUCUACAAACAGAAUUUUCUCUUCACACUACGUGAGCGAGUAAAAUGUGAAGCCAAUAGUCCAUUUCUGGUCAUCUUGGUGACUUCAAGGCCUCCGGAAGUGGAUACGAGACAAGCUAUUAGGAUAACAUGGGGCUCUCAAAAAUCCUGGUGGGGGAAACAAGUUGUGACACUUUUCUUACUGGGCAAAGGAACAGAGAGUGAUGAUAACGCAGCCUUAUCCAUAGAAGAUGAAAGCAUUCUUUAUGGAGACAUCAUCCAACAAGAUUUCCUUGACACUUACGACAAUCUUACCUUGAAAACUAUCAUGGGAUUCAGAUGGGUUACUGAGUUUUGUCUGAGUGCUCAGUAUGUGAUGAAAACAGAUGCUGAUGUUUUCAUCAACACAGGCAAUUUAGUCAAGUUUCUUCUAAAUUCAAAUGCUUCAGAAAACUUCAUGACUGGCUACCCUCUGGUAGACAACCAUCCCCACAGGGGAUUUCAUAGGAAAACCUACAUUUCUUACAAUGAAUAUCCAUUUAAGGUCUAUCCUCCAUACUGCAGUGGACUUGGUUAUAUACUUGACACCAAACUGGCUCAUAAGGUUUAUGAAAUGAUGAGCCAUGUUAAACCUCUUCGACUUGAAGAUGUCUAUGUUGGGAUUUGUUUAGGUAUACUUGGUAUAGGCAUCUCUAUUCCAGAAGAUGCAGAACUCUUCUUUUUAUACAGAAUUGACUUUGAUAUUUGUAAGUACAAGCACUUGAUUGCUGUACACAACAUUUCUCCACAGGAAAUGAUUGUGUUCUGGCAGGAAAUAACAAGAGAGACAACUUCACUUCCUUGUCAAUGAUUUCAUCUUGCUUUCAACUCCCUGUCAUUUGAAGCCUGACCCCUUUUUUUAAGACUAUGGUUAGGUGGAACUUUGGAGGGCUGGGCUGCCUGAUGGUCUUUCAGCUGUAAGUUAUAUUGUAGAGAUUUAUACAAGCACUUGUGAAGCUAGGAAAAACGAUUGCAAGAAAAGCUACUGUAUAUAAUUCACCUCAGUAUUCCAACCACACUGGACGUUCACAUGUUGGACAUUCACUAUGGCAAACUAUAAUUUUGAAACUCAGCCUUUGUAUAAAUGCACUGGUACUUAGAUUAUAUGCAGAUGACCACUCAGUGUUGGAAAAAGAAUAAUGAACUUCAAAGUACUUGAAUCCAGCAGAACAUGUGUGUAAAUACAAGUAGAAUGUACAAUGCAGUGUUGUUGUGUGGAGUGUUGUUGUUUAGGGUGUCAACCACUCAUCCAUGCUAUCUUCCAGGAUUCUCCAUUCCAUUCUGUUUCCUUUUCCCUCCCUGCCCAGCUCUUCCAACAGCCAGUUAGCAUGGAAUUCUAUUGGAAACCUCCACCAUGCUUCUUGCCUGGUGUGGACCGGCAUGGCUGGUUGGGACAGAGAAGGCCUUCAAAUAUAGAAGCACAUAUCUGGACAGGUUUACAAGGGGAGACACAUGCCAUAACAUAAUUCUGGCCCGAGACUGUUCAGGGUUUUAUGAAAGCCAGGAUCCUGAAUAGCUGUCAUUGAAUUGGAUAAUGGCUUGAAUCCAAUUUCUACUCCCAGCUAGAACACACCCAUUGAAUCAGUGCUUGUGUACCAAUUUACCAUUGAUUUAGUGAGUCAAAAUCGGAUUUAUGCCAAUAUGAGCCAAUCAUUUGGUCUCAAGGAAAAUCUGGAGGGCCAUAUUGUAUUCAAGAGCAGCCCCAAAUAAAGUGUGUUCAAGUAAUCCAGUCUGGAAGUGCAGAGAGUGUAGUAACUGAGGGUAAGUAUGACUUCUCUGAACAAGAACUUAGCUUUUGUACCAAACUGGGUUUAUUAAAAACAGACUUGGUCAUUGUGAGCACCUGCAGAAUUAGGAACCAGUCAGGCUCCAGCAUUUCCAGAUUGUAAACUUGCUGGUCAGAGGGGACUGCAGGAAUAGAUCAUUACUAGUUCUUACAUCCUACCAGGUAGUAUUGUGAUAUUUUAACUGUUUUCUUAUAAUGACACUGUACUGUCUUUUGUAGUUGUUUGUUUUUAUAUUACCAGCUUGUGGAUCACAAAUAACAGAAAGGUGUGAUAUAUGUUUUUGAGGUAAACACAUUAAUUUAAAAAUUUCUUGAUGUAUUUAAUUUCAUUUUUAUUCUGUAUUUAUUACUUUUUAGUCUGAUAGUCAUUUGUUAGUACUUAAACAGAGGCUUUUGUAUGUUGUGUAAUUAUUCUAAAACCUAGUUUUUAUUUAUUUGUGUAGCAUUAUUGUCUGCAUGUGAAAUUAUGGUACCGCAGGACAUUCAACUCCUAGACUUAUCCCUGAGCUGCAUCAGCCCUGUAUGCAGCCAUUCUGUGGCUGGUGGAGCACGGAAUCAGGGUCUGGCUGUGUCUCUAUAGCCGGUCACAGAAUGAUUGUAUCAUCUGUUGAGAUCCUCCAGAGGUGUAAGCGCAUGCUGUAAUGAUUUUGCAUCUGCCUUGCAGACAUAGCCAGACACUUGUUUCCACACCUUGUCCUAAAUAUACCAGGGUUUUGUCUACAUUUUCAGGCAUGGUUAACUCUGGUAUGGGUGAAGCUUUCUACCCUCCCCAUCAUUUCUUCUGUGAACUCAACCACUCCUCCCCAGGAUCCUUCCCCAGUGUCCAUGUUUCCAGUCUUGCUGGGAAGAAAGCUUCACCUAUAGAAUCAUAGAAUCAUAGAAUAAUAGAAUUGGAAGAGACUGCAAAGGCCAUCCACCAACCCCCGCCAUGCAGGAAAUCCAAAUCAAAGCAUCCCCAACAA